AAAGAGAAAAAAAAAAAACAUCACAAGACAAACAAAUCUUAUUAUAUAAUGAAAAAUAAAACACAGCAAUCUGCAUGAAUUCAAGAAAGGUGCUCAGAACCCUCCAAUACUACCCUUUUCUUUUUGUAUAAUAUAAACCCUUUCUGCUGCAAGAUCUCUCUUCUUUACUUUCUUCCUUCUCUUGCCUUUCGUUGGAGACUAUAUUAUAUAGAAACUAAUGGCUGAAGAAAGAAAAUUUUGGGAUCUUAAUUUUGAAAAAGUAAACCCUAGUCAAUUAGAAGAGCAAGAUCAAAGCUGCGUGAUGGCCAUGGAUUGUCAUGGUGAUGAUAAUGCUUAUGACUCAACAUCAGCUGAAUCCUCCAUGGAAGCUUCAUCGAACUCAGUUAUAUCUUCCUCUUCAACAGAUUUAUUCGAAGAUGCAUCUUCUUCACAAUCACCGUUAUCAUCAUCAUCAUCAACUUCAUCAACAUAUACAAAUAGGCCUCUAUAUGACUUAUCAGAGCUCAUGACCCAACUUCCUAUCAAGAGAGGUCUUUCAAAGUUUUAUCAAGGGAAGUCUCAAUCUUACACAUCUUUAGCAAGUGUAAAGGACUUGGAAGAUCUGGCAAAGAAAGUGAAAAGCACUCCAUCUAGAUCAAGAAUGAAGUCGAGCAAAAGCUAUGCUGCGGUUUUGGAUGGACACAAGUCUUAUAGUCCUAAAGCUACCAUAUCAAAAAAGAUUUCAGGUUCAAGAGGAUCUUUUUUAUCCUUUUUAAGCAAGAGAGCUAAUUCUUUAGUGGGUAAUUGUUAAUUAGGGAUUUUAAAUCCAUGUUCAUGUGCAAUUUGAUGCAUCUUUUUAUGAUGCAGAACUUGCAUUGCAUAUUUUUGCAAGGGGGUUGGGUUUAAGAAGGUAGUGAAAUCAAGAACAUCUAUUAUUAUGCAAAAUGCACAAUCUUUAAUUAGCAUUUUUUUUUUAAAUUUUUUUGUAGUUUGAAGAUUUGAUGAAAUGGAGAAAAAGAUCUAUAUACCA